UUUCUUCCGCGUUUCGGCCUUCUCGCUACGCUCAUUCACAUUAUCUCGUCUUGUCAGCAUUUUCGGUGUCAAUUUUUGCUGGCAUUCUCUAGAGAUUUCUGACGACUUCUCCACCCCCAACUUACGCCGCGCUCCGUAAUUAUCCAUCCUUUCUACCUAACUUUCUCGAUGGCGACCAUGGUAUUCAAUCCUCAAACGCCUCAGAGUCCUUCUCAAUUUUCCCCGACCACAGUUGAUCAGGUAUCGAGCAUGAACAGCUCUAUGACUUCCAUCACAACGAAUUUGCCUACGCCGGCACAUAGCGUGAACGGGUCGGUCCAACCCGCCGAUAUGUCUCAUGAUGCUAUAAUGUCCGAUGCCUAUCCGACUAAGCGAAAAUAUCCGUUCGACGAUGCUGGAGAUCAUGAGCACAAGAAAGUCAACCUCGAGAAUCGCCGAGUUGGUAUUGAGAACCUACACCUAGAUGUUGGUGAAAAGUACCUUCUUUGCAGUACUCCCUACCCGCCCUCCUAUCCAAGUCUAUCCAGCGAUUUCUUUGAAAUGUUCGGAUUAACCGGUAUUGCUGCCGAGGUCGCCCGCACAAAGCCCAACGGAGAGAAGAACGCGCUUCGUAAGACAUACAAAGGUCAAAUAAAGACUUUAGGACUAAGUGGCCAUUUUGAUGCUGUUAAGAAGGACAUCGAUUCCCCUGAUGGCCUAUUGGCACUGAUCGGGCUUGACGAAGAUACAUGGCUUAGCCGGGAAGUAAGCGGGAAGGAGAUUGAGAAGGGAUUGUCGCAAAGCCACCUGGCGCACCUACCUCGAGCGGCGACGAUGGCCAAAGGUUCCAUCCCAAAGGCGGCCUGGGAUAACUCCGUUCUUGGUGACCUAGCACCAGGUAUUUUACCCAAGAAAGGCGGUCUCGACUCGGCUACUAGACAGACGGCACCUAGCACUCCGGCUGCCUCAGCCCCGGGGGUUACUCCGAAGUCGAACAAACCGUUGACGCCGCAGAUCGAUCGUACUCGUCGAAUUGGGAAAAAGCGCAGCUAUCAGGACAGCAGUUUCGACGGGUACGGUGAAGGCUAUGUCGAUGACGAUGCAGGCGGGUAUUCGACCGGCGAUGGGGAUGAGCGGUCCAAGUUGAAGAGGAGAAAGCAGGUACGCGCAGAUUGUCCGUCUUCUGCAAACCUCCUUACUGACCGAUCGCAGAACUCUGGCGACAUGUCUUCGUUCAGAGGCGCCAGUAGCCAAAACUACAGUGGCAGGAUAGGAACGUGAAGUUGAGAUACCCCCGGUCGAGGGGCGAGAUAUAACAGUUCUGUGCAUCUGCAGCACUGGAAAAGGUUUGACACUUUUUGUCAAACCCGAAUAUCCGCGUAGACCGUUAUGGUUAUUUGCAUUUCCCAAUGAUUUUUCAGCAUG